AUGGCUCCUAAGGCCGAUGUCCAAGUCCUAAUCGUCGGGGGCGGCAUUGCCGGGCUGACGCUGGCCAACAUCUGUAAGAAAAUUGGGCUCAGCUACAAGGUGUUCGAGCGUACUGCCGAGGUAACCCCGGUGGGUGCAGGCAUCUCGCUGGCCCCGAAUGCUCUCCGGUUGCUUGACCAACUCGGCUUCAUGGACAUUAUUCGAAAGGAAGGCCAGCCGCUGCGAAAGAUUCAGGUCUAUCGCAACACUACCCGUUGGAGUCUACUUGACUUUGAAUGGCUCGAGCCAACAUAUGGCUACUCAAUGUACUCGAUGCCCCGGCACAGCAUGCACCGCGCCUUGUACAACCGGGCGGAUUCGGAGCACGUCAUCCUGGGAGCUGAGGUUGUUGGCAUUGAGGAUGAGCCCAACUCUCCGACGGUCAAGAUUCGCCUGGCAGAUGGCCGCGAGUUCAGCGGUGAGGUGCUCGUGGGCGCCGAUGGCAUCCGGUCGAUCGUGCGGCGGCUCCUUGCCGACAAGCAAGGGCUGGCAGGCGUCAACACCAUCCGCUUCACCGGGCGCACCCACAUGACGGGCAUCUCUUAUCCGUUGGAGCAUCUCGGACCUAACGAUCUCGGCGUGGCAACCUGGGUUUUCUACGAUGACUGUAUUCUCACCUCUUGGCCGUGUACCGAGAAUCGCCAAUGGUUUGUCGGGGUAAAGGUCCGUCACUCCCUUACCUCCCCCUCCUCUUCCCACGCACCCCUGUCUCAGCUGUCAUCACCGGACCUCAGACUAAUGAAUUUGGUCGAUGUGGCCGAACGCGUGACGGCGAGUGAUGUGUUUGAGGAAACCGCCUUCCCGAAGAUGGCGCAUGGCCGCGUGGCCCUGGUGGGAGACUCGGCGCACUCCAUGACAUCUUUCAUUGGUCAGGGCGCCUGCCAGGCAAUUGAGGACGUGGGAGAAUUGGCGAACCUGCUGCACACCUACUUUGCCGGCCAGUCGGGCGAUCCGCAGGUGCUGCAGGGCUUGCUGCAGGAAUUCCGCAAAAGCCGAGAGCCACGGGCACGCAACCUCGUGUACUACUCCAGCAUCUUCGCACAGGUGCAUACAGGACGCCUCCCGUACGGACUGGGGCCACUGGCACGCCGGAUCGCCUUCACCUAUGCCCCCGUGUGGUGCUGGAAAUGGGCUUGCAAUCCACUGUACGGGUACCAGCCGCGCGUCCACGCGUUGGAUCUGUUGUCGCGGUAG